AUGAGUGAUAAUCCAUUUACAAGUUUUUUUAAUAAUGGAGGACAGGAAUCAGAACCUUCAGAAGAUAAUUUAGAUUUGUUAAACGCUACUAGCGAAGCAUUAUCACAACCCAAUGCAUCUUUAGAGUAUUGUACAUUAUCAAUUCAAGAGACUAUUCAGAAAUUGAACACUGAUCUACAAAAGGGGUUGUUAUCGAUGGAUGAUGUGGAACGAAGAAGAGCAAUCUAUGGUGCCAAUGAAGUCACUUCUGAAUCAGAUGAAAGUUUGUUCAAGAAGUUUUUAGAAACGUUUAUUGAGGAUAGACUAAUCCUACUAUUAAUUGGAUCAGCUGUUGUUUCUGCGCUUAUGGGUAACUUUGACGAUGCAGUAAGUAUUACUUUGGCAGUUGUGAUUGUUGUAACGGUGGGUUUUGUUCAAGAAUAUAAAUCCGAAAAAUCUUUAGAAGCCUUGAAUAAAUUGGUUCCAGAAGAGUGCCAUUUAGUAAGGUUUGGUAAAGAAGCAAAGACUUUAGCAUCCACAUUAGUUCCAGGAGAUUUAGUUCAUUUCAGAAUCGGUGAUAGAAUCCCUGCUGACGUAAGAUUAGUUGAGACUUAUGAAUUAUCGAUUGAUGAAUCCAGUUUGACUGGUGAAACGGAACCAGUGCAUAAAUCUGCCAAACAUAUUUCAGCUGAAUCUUAUUCUGGUUCCGUUAUUCCAGUUGCCGAUAGAACAUGUAUUGCAUACAUGGGGACUCUGGUCAAAGAAGGGCAUGGUAAAGGUAUUGUUGUUGGCACUGGUAAAAAUACUUCUUUUGGCGCAGUUUUUGAGAUGAUGAAUAAUAUUGAAAAACCAAAGACUCCAUUACAACAUUCUAUGGAUAAAUUAGGUAAAGAUUUGUCUCUUUGUAGUUUUGUGAUUAUUGGGUUCAUAUGUUUGAUCGGUAUUCUGCAAGGUCGUUCUUGGUUAGAAAUGUUCCAAAUUUCAGUUUCUUUAGCUGUUGCUGCCAUUCCAGAAGGUUUGCCUAUUAUUGUCACCGUUACCUUGGCCCUUGGUGUAUUAAGAAUGGCUAGAAGAAAGGCCAUUGUUAGAAGGUUACCAAGUGUAGAGACUUUAGGUUCUGUGAAUGUGAUUUGUUCAGAUAAGACAGGGACCUUAACGUCCAAUCAUAUGACUAUUUCCAAAAUGUGGUGUCUUGGUAGUAUGUCCAAUAAAACUAAUAUGUUAAAUGUCAUUAAAAAUAAGAACUCUUUGAAAAAUUAUUUGACUGAAGAUGUUAAGAAUACUUUGAUUAUUGGUAAUUUGUGUAAUAAUGCAGUAUUUUCUAAUGAGCAUAUGAAAUACUUGGGUAAUCCAACCGAUAUUGCCUUACUGGAGCAAUUGCAAACAUUUGGAAUGAAGGACAUUAGAAACACAAUGACAAAGUUAGAUGAAGUUCCAUUUAAUUCAAAAAGAAAAUUCAUGGUUACAAAAAUGAUGGAUAGUAAUGGUAAAGUUACAAUUUAUGUUAAAGGUGCAUUUGAAAGAAUAUUGGAACGUUCUAAUAUGUAUGUUAAAGAGAAUGGGAAAUUCGAAAAGUUAGCUGAGGAAGAUAGAAAAACUAUAAUGGAUUGUGCUAACACCUUAGCUUCAGAAGGUUUACGUGUCCUGGCACUUGCUCAAUUGACUUUAAAAGACGGGAAUAAGGAAGAAAAAUUGACUGAAGAAAUAAUCUCCAAUUUGGUGUUCAGUGGGUUGAUUGGUAUGCAAGAUCCUCCAAGACCUACUGUAAAACCAGCUAUUGAACAAUUGUUACAAGGUGGUGUUCAUGUUAUUAUGAUUACUGGUGAUUCUGUUAAUACUGCAAUUAAUAUUGCAAGGCAAAUUGGUAUUCCUGUUGUUGAUCCAAAAUCAUCUGUUAUAUCAGGUGUAGAAUUAGAUGAAAUGACUGAUGACCAAUUAGCUAAUGUUAUAGAUCAUGUAAACGUUUUUGCAAGGGCUACACCGGAACACAAAUUGAGCAUUGUUCGUGCAUUGAGAAAGAGGGGUGAUAUAGUGGCUAUGACUGGUGAUGGUGUUAAUGAUGCCCCAGCUUUAAAAUUGGCUGAUAUUGGUGUUUCUAUGGGUAAAAUGGGUACAGAUGUUGCUAAAGAAGCCUCUGAUAUGGUGUUAACAGAUGAUGAUUUCAGCACUAUAUUGACAGCCAUUGAAGAAGGUAAAGGUAUAUUCAAUAAUAUCCAAAGCUUCUUAACUUUUCAAUUAUCCACAUCCGUGGCUGCUCUAUCUUUGAUUGCAUUGUCUACAACAUUUAAUCUACCUAACCCCUUGAAUGCAAUGCAAAUUCUUUGGAUCAAUAUAUUGAUGGAUGGUCCACCAGCACAAUCGCUUGGUGUAGAACCAGUUGAUCAUGAAGUAAUGAAAAAGCCUCCUAGAAAGCGUUCUGAAAAGAUUUUAACCAAUAUUGUUUUAAAAAGAUUAAUUGGUACAGCAUUAUGUAUUAUUUUUGGUACAACCUACGUGUUUGUUAAAGAGAUGGCAGAAGAUGGUAAAGUAACGGCAAGAGACACUACAAUGACUUUCACAUGUUUUGUAUUUUUUGAUAUGUUUAAUGCCUUAGCAUGUAGACACGCUACCAAAUCUAUUUUUGAAGUUGGUUUUUUUACUAACAAAAUGUUCAAUCUAGCAGUCGGGUUAUCUUUGUUAGGUCAAAUGUGUGCUAUCUAUAUACCAUUUUUCCAGAAUGUCUUUAAGACUGAAGCAUUAAGUUUAAUGGAUCUAGUGUUUUUAUUGGCAAUCAGUAGUUCUGUUUUUAUUUUUGAUGAAUUGAGAAAAUAUCACUAUAGAAAACAAGCUGAGUCAUAUUUCUAUUCUGUCGUUUAG